GCGGAAGAUGAGAAGAAAAAUGGAGGCACCCCAUUCGCAUACGUAUCUCCCUCUCUCUCUCUCUCUUCGAAAUGGGUCCCAGCUCCACUCCCACAACUGUCACUUGUUUUUUCUCCCCCCAACAUCGACUGCAUUGUGAAAAAGCUCUCGCCUUUCGCUUUCUCUCUCCUCCCCUCUCUCUCUAACCCACCCGUCUUCCACUUUCCUCAGUCUUUAAUGGCUGCCCGUAUGUAAUCCUUCCGCGGAAAGUAAAGGGUCGGUGCUGGGUGAGCAUCGGGGCCCUUCUUUUUUGCUGUCAAAAGAUGCCACCGUAAGAUGAUUAUAAUGGGGAGAAAAGGAGGCGGAGGCCCUUUGAUGCUCUCGUGGUGUUUGUCAGAAUACGCCUGAAGAAUCUGAUUUGUGUUUUUUCUCGGGAAGUCUCUAAGAAUUCUUUUUUAUCUUCGGUUUCGUGAUUGAUGAGAAAGGGCAGAUUCCCUUUGGUGUGUCGUGGUUUUAGUACCGGAAGUGUGAGGCCGUCGAAAGUUCUCAGUUUUGGAAGAGGGUUCGGAGCAUUGGUUUUGUUCUUUGUGAGCUGGAAGUUGGAGGGUGACUUUGGAUUGCAUUUACUUUGAUUCUCAUGCGGGACAUUGGAUUGCUUUAUUGGAAGGUUGAGUUCGAUAGCCAAAGUGUUUGGAUCAUCAAAUGCAAAUUUUGUUGCUUGGUUUGAUGAAGUUGAGUUUGAGUUAUGGCCCUUUCAUAUUUAGAGAGUCAGUCUUAGCAUGUUUGCCUCACUCUGUGAUUUCUGUCUCAAAGGAUGGUGUGCCCCCAUCAUAACUCAAAAGUUUGUGGAAGAUUGCAUGUGGGCAUACAUCAAGGCUUUAUUUCGUUUGGGAUGAAAAAGGAAAGAAGGAGCGUUCGAUACCCUCCUGCUGAGGAUACCAUCUUGGGCUUUACUUCUGUAGAAUAGAAACCUGUGGAGCUCAAAUAGGAAAUCAUAGAUAUUCCGAGGGAGCUAUAUUUCAGUUUCCUCUGAGCAGAACCGAACUCCACAAUUUUCAAUUUUGAGCAGGUGUAAAAAAAUUUCAAUCAACUUGCAGAAAUUGGACUGGAUAUACCUUCAACAUGACAAAGAGGUCAAAAAGGCGUGUGGUGAGGCAUGAAAGGGAUCAGUUAGGCUGCAUGUGGAGUUUCAUUAGUAUUUUGGAUUUUCGCCAUGGCAGAUCCCCUCGAAGGCUACUAUCCGAUAGAAGGCGAGGAAGCAGCCAUGCUGGUGAUGCAGAACAUUCAGGGAAUAAGUUCGAAGUGUUGACCAAUCUGGAUGAGAAACUUGAAGUCACCUGUGUGAAGAUACUCAUGGAAGAAGAAAUGGUAGGCGAGCCUGAUACAGAUAUUAAAGUGAAAGAUUCCAAGCUAGUGUCCAAACAAUCUGAUUUGGGAGAUGACGAUUGUAGAAGGAAAAACCGGAGAAGAAGUAAGAAGUCUUCUUGGGGAAGCUAUGACAUGGAUGCUGAUAUUUUGAGUGCCACUGAAAGCUUGGCAUCCAGACAUGUUGAUCUCGAUGCAAACCAGGACUGCACAAAUAGCCAUAAUGAAAUUUCUAAAGCGGAGAACAUUUGUGGUGAGAUCUGUCAGGAAACUAUAGCUACUGGAAAGAACCACAAUGAUGCCGAAGUACAGAUUCAGGUAAACUCGAAACAUGCUGAUCUCAAAGAAAAAUUGUGCGAAGCAAUCAAGGAGUUGAUAAAUCAACAACUCAAAAGUGGGAAGCAUCUCACAGAGCAUGGAGGGACUCCCUUGUCUAAAGAACUGGUUAAUGCGCUUCAGAUUCCGAACUUAAAUGAGGAAUCAUUUUCGAAACUCCUGGAAGAUCCAGACUCAAUCUUGGUUAAAUACAUGCAAAACUUGCAGGAUGCUCAUUUAAAGAGAGACAAUUUGUCAGAGUCAUUUGCAGAAUGUAAUUUAUCAAAAGAGAAGCAUGACAAAUCCAACGAAUCACAACAGGUUGUUAAUCAUAAGUCUUACAAGUUCUUUAGAAGAAAUGUCAAGUCUCACGAAACAAAGACACUCGGGGAGAUUGAGAAUCCUCAAACUUCUAAUAGAAUUGUUAUUUUGAAGCCUGGGCCAGCAGAAUCGAAAAACUCGACAUCUCUGGACAAAAGCAGGCAGGCACUUCUUAUUUCGGAGAUUAGGAAAAGAUGGAAAAAUGUGAUGGGAAAGGAGCACAAUGGCAGAUCUCCUGGUGGUUUUACGAAAAGACUUCCUGAUGGUGGUAAAGCAAACAUGGGAGAAAAUAAUGGGAUGAAUUCUCCAGGCAAAGAGCACUUUUACAUAGAGAAAAUUGCUAGACCUGUUGCGAAAAAAAGAGAAGAAAAGACUGUUAAGCCAAGGGACUCUGAAGCAAACAAAGAAUAUGAAAAUGUUAAUGUGUCCAAGAGAAGAGUGUCUAACAUCUACAUUGAGGCCAAGAAGCACCUUUCGGAAAUGCUGAGCACUGCAGAUGACGGGACAGACUUUUCAAGUGGGCAAUUCCCAAAAUCUCUCGGGAGAAUCCUCUCUCUUCCUGAAUACAACUCCCCUCUUGCUAGUCCAGGAAAGAUACCAGAGAGCAGCUUGGUAACUGCACAGAUGAGAUAUUCUGCCCAUCUCAGGUCUCCAAGGGUUGAUGAAAAUAAGGAGAGACAAAUAGAAGCAGCAAAUGAUGGCCAUCAAGGUCCUUCAGCUCCAAGUACAGAAAGUGAGCUGUGCGUUCUGGCAAGUUGUGAUGAUAAAAUCCAAACAUCCGACAAAAAUCUGACUCUAUCAGUUGAGCCUCUUUCCAGUAGUGAGGUGGAAGAGACCUGUGGUCCGGACCUGAGUCCCAAAGGUAACACUGAAAUUCUUAUAGCAGUUGAUGGAACAAUCAAUGAAGAGCAUGUCUCCAAGGAUACUUCGACUGGCAGUGCUAGUCCAGCCAGCCUCCAAUGUGGCGCAGAGGAUCAUUUGGCUGAAGAUAUUGAUGAAGAUUAUACUGAUUCUGUUCAUAAGAAAGAGGAGCCUCACUCCAAUGAUGAACUACAUGCGUCUCCAUUUGCAUCCCCAUCAAACUCUUCAACAAUUCAGAAGAUUGCGGAAUUGGAAAUUGCUGUCGACAAACUGGAGAGGCAAAGUCCUGUAUCUGUUCUUGAGCCACUGUUCAUGGAGGAUGACAUAAGUCCUGCAAGAACCACAUCUCGAUCUGAACCAUCAAUACAACCACUGAAGAUCAAGUUCGAAGAUGAAAUGCCUCAUACUCUCAAGCAUGGUAUUCAUAUUAAAACGUCAAUGGAGGGCAAGGAAUCAUUGUUGGCAUAUGUAGAAGCUGUUCUGCAUGCCUCUGGCCUGGGCAGGCAGGAAUUUUAUUUGAGAUCAGCACCUUCAGACCAGCUUAUUGAGCCAUCUGUGUUUGAUGAAGUGGAUUUCUUCUAUGACCAACUGCAUUUUGACCAAAAACUUGUGUUUGAUUGCAUAAAUGAGGUCCUUCUGGAGGUCUGUCAGCAUUACUUCGGUUGUUCUCCUUGGGUUUCAUAUGUGAAGCCAAGCAUUAAGCCAGUCCAUGAUAUAAGAAGUACAAUCCACGAGGUGUGGGAAGGAGUUCACUGGCACCUCCUCCCACUCUCUCCACCUAACUUGGAACAGAUUGCUAGAAAAGACAUGGUGAAACCUGGGAAGUGGAUGGACCUACGUUUUGAUUCUGAAAGCAUUGGGUUUGAGAUGGGUGAUGCUAUUUUUGAUGAACUAAUUGACGAGGUAAUCGACUGCUGCAUGGAGGAUAGCUGAGGAAUUGUAUAUCGUUUUGGGUUGGAUGAGAUUUUGAAAAUGACUGCAGCACCGGCUUCGUUGACCUAAAUCAAUGUAUAGCAUGACAAGUGAUUGACCUGGUGAGUUCCAGGAAAACUCUGAUCGAGUCAUUAUUAGCUUUGCCUGAGGUGGGGGGGGGGAUUGGAUCAGUCUUCUUAAAGCACAAAUGACACGACUUUCUAACUUUUUCCUUGUCUCACGUUUUAACUUGAGCUUUUUCAACCAAUGCAAGAAGCGUCUGAGGCUGGUCUUCCAUGGUGUCUGUGUUGUACAGACGAUGACUGGUUUUUGCAAGGAACAUUUCUCCACGUUGUUCCCAUGCUGAUGAUGGUUCUCAACUCAAUGCUGGUCCAUCCAUUCCCUGCGGCCAUAUGCAUUUUGUUGCCAUACUGUAAAGUUUAGGGUUCUUAUAGCCUCUUGUUUUUGCGCGUCAUUUUUCAUUGUUUUCCCUUUCCAGACUUUUUCCUGCACUGUUUGAGGUUUGAUCUUUUUGUUCAUUUUUUCCUUUGCUUUCUUGUUCUUCGUGUACCUGGCGUUGCUAUUGCAAUUGCCGAGUUUGGAGUGGUGAUGAUGGUUGUGACUUUUCUUUCUUAGAUGUGUUUGUAUAGAAGGAAAACUAGGAUUACACAAAAAGAAUGCUGUAAGUACUGUACAAGUUGGGAUUAAUGUUCCGACCAAAAAAAAAAAAGUUGGGAUUAAUGUGCUUCAGAUUAUCGAA